AUGGGUCCUAAACGAAAACUUCAUGCUCAUUUGAAGGCUAUGCGGAAAAAACGUUUAUCAACAGCAAAUUCUGACGAUCAACAUCAGGAAUUUUCGGAUAAUGAACAAGAAGAAAUGGAAGUUGACGACGGUGAUCGGAGUGAAGCACUGAGUUUUGAAGACAGAAUCACAAUAAACGAUAUGGCCGAUCUGUUCGAAUUCUGCAAAUCCAAAUGUCACAUAAGGUACCUUAGUGUGUUGAUCUAUACAAGUUUGAGAAGUCUUGGUGUCAGCUGGAAUAAGUGCGAGGCUUUCUUACAAGAUAUCGGAGCACUGAAGGCAAAAGCGGCACACAGAUGGGCUAAAGUACUUAUUUCUGGUGAUAUAGAGGAGUUCCAGGGCGAGAAUAGUGGUGGUAAACACACGGCUGAAUUCUAUGAUUACUUCCCUGAUUUGAAAGAUGCUGCAAAAGAGUAUACAUUUGAGAGGUGUUCACAGAAGUCAGCCGACUUUACAGCCAUUGAUCUAGCUAAGUUCAUUGAUAAACAGUUUUAUGAAACAAUGUAUGGCGCAAAAGGUAUGCUAUUAGUGUAUUAAAAUAAGUACCUCUCUGCUAUAAUUCUAAAACCCAAUUUCUACUCCAGAUCCUGAUAGCCCCUUGAUUCGAUCUGUGACGUCGUGUCGUUUGGAUCUUCGCCGUUGAAGGGCUCGAUUCAAAGAGAACACGCAACGGCCCUAUUUCGAGGGUCAUGAACGUCUGGAUGUUGUGAAACACCGCGAGAAAUUCAUCAAUUACUUUCUUGAUAGAAAGAAUUUCUACUACACUAUCACAGACGGAGACAAACCUUUAUGGCAAAUUCCCACCCAAAAUCCACCAUGUAUUUUACUAUGUGAGUAGCUCAGUUUAUUUAGUUUAUAAGAAAAGUCUAAAAUAUCUUGACUUCAUUUUAGUUCAUGACGAAAGUACAUUCAAGAGUGGUGAGGUGUCGGCCAAACGGUGGUUCAUUAGAGAUGAUGCUCCUUUCCAUUCGAAAGGAAGAGGACGAUCGAACAUGAUCAGUGAUUUCAUAGUUCAGCACAGUUCAGGGCCUUUCUUCAGUCUUUCUCAAGAUGAAUAUGACAAGGCAUUGCUAAAAUAUCCACAGUUGAAAAGUAAGCUUCCACUGAAUCAUCAAUAUCUUUGCCGAAGAGCAAAUCUAAAUUUAAUAUCUCUACUUAGCUGAUACUGAUGUCGACUAUGUUGAGCGAACUGCCACUGCCUCAAUCCAUGUCGGUCAAGAUUCAUACUUUGACAACUUCAUAAUCCCCGAACAGUUCGAACGUUUAUUUCAACUGCUCCAAUUCAAAGAAGAGUACAAAAACCACACCAUCGAAAUCGUUGUCGACAAUGCUCGUACUCAUACGGCCAAGCCAUAUAGUCUAUCAGAUUUCAACAAAAGCAUCGAAACCAAGUGUCCUGUCGACAAGAUCGAGUACACAGAUGAAAAUGGAAUCGUACAAAUCCUGCACUGCUACUUUCAAAGUGGUCCAAAUAAGGGGAAGAGCAAGGAUCUUGAUGAGAUUGCCAGGGAGUUGAUAGUCAAAGUACCCUCAAAGAUUAAACCCGACGACUUGCGAGUUCUUUUGGCCGAUCCUCCAGCCUUUAAGACUGUAAGAAAUUAUUUUUGAGUCAACAGUUCAAACUAUCACAGAACCCUCUCUCCACAGGUUUCACGUUCAGAGCAACUGGCCGCAAAGUAUGGUGUGGUAAUUCGGUGGUGUCCUAAGUUUCACUGUGAGCUCAAUGUCAUCGAAGGUCUUUGGUGUUCACAAAAACUCUUCAUUCGUCGAAAGACGGAUCAAACAUAUAAUACAAUGUUCAAACUGAUCAUCGAGUCAAGAGAGAACUUUCGUCAGAAAGACAUAUCGAUGAAACUUCUACGCAGAUUCUGGCGGUGUUUGCAGGCGUACAAGGAUGGACAAACUUAUGCAGAAGUCAUGAAGAUGUUCUUCAGUACAAAAUGCGAAGGAAGAGUUCAAAGUCAUACACGGAUUAGCAACAGUGGUUUAGGCGUUUAGAUAGUGAUUUGAGACGGUGAUCAUCUGAUUUUCAUUGAAGACUGUGAUUUUAAUUUUGUCUAAAGCUAGGAAAUAAAUCACGCCCUAGCUCUCCACAAAAACUAUUUGUCUUCCUACCCUAAAUGAAUGCCUAAACUCUAGUGACCCAAGAAUUAGUCACUAUUCUACCAAAAAACUUUCAAAAACCUUUCAGAAAUCCUCUAGAGAUCUCGGCAGUAUGCCCAUAAAAUUCGCUAUGGUUUUUAAUCUAUUUGAGAAUAUUCAGGCUUCAUUUCGAGCAAAAGUCGAAAAAAGACAAGGAAAAGCCUUGCCCGUUU